AUGCCAGAAAUUCAUUUGAUCAAUAAUGUCACAACAGCAGAGAAAGUUAUAUAUCGUAUCCUAGAAGAUGAACCUAUAGUGGGAUUUGCAUGUAAAGGAAUUGAGAUUGGGCCCCAUGGGACAAUAACUCUAAUAGCUAUAUCGACACCUAGCGGCGAUGUAUAUAUAUUUGAUAUUCGAGCAGACCAGAAUAUUCUUUUAAAUGGUGGAUUGGUUAGAUUAAUAGAAUCUGUAGAUAAUGUAAAGGUCAUGCACUCUAGUCAGUUACAGGCAUCAUGCCUGUUUAAACAGUUUAAAGUUCGACUGAAACAAGUUUUUGAUACACAGGAGAAGUAUGGAGAUGUAAUGGUUAAAAGAGGUUUACCUAGACGGUUAUUGAGUCUUCCAGCAUUAUUAGAGAGAUAUAAUAUAGACUAUUAUAAACCUACAGCAAAAUUACAGAGAUUGUUACGAGAAGAUCGAAAUGUUUGGUCGCGCCGUCCUUUAACCAAAGAUAUUUUGAAUACUGCUGCCAGUGAAGUUCUUCCCUUAGUACCUAGUCUUUACGUAACUUUAUUCAGAUGUUUAGGUCUUCACGAAAGCCAACCUGAGAAUAAUUCAAAUUCUGGAGAUAAGAGAGAAUCUGCACCAAUAACACCAGUUAGCACACCACGCACACUUCCGGUUGUUCAUACAAGAGCGAACAACCCAUUGAAAUUACCCACCAACUAUUUACAUAUUCAUGUAACACCAUAG